GAGCUCGGCCCUACUGCUUGCAGGGGUCCUCCCACUUCAAGCUCCUUCCUGCAGCGAUACCAUACUGGCCCUGCAUCCGGGAGUGGCACGGUCUGUCCUUGUCUUGGAGGAUUUGGACAUGGAGAAUAUCGUUGCCGCUUGAGGUAGUCCUGCGACGAGUUUCUAACCCGCAUUUCACAUGCAGAUCGUGUUUAUAGUCUACAAAUGCCGAGGGAAAUAAUUAAAAAGUACGACAAUUUACCUCCGCGUAAACAUAGCGUGUAAACAUAGCGUAUUUCACUUGUGCAAGCGGUUAAAUGUCUGCUACAGUUCAUGGUCGAAACUAAGGUCGAGAGGGAUACUUCCUUGCUUUGUAUCUGUAUGUAGGCUAGAGUAGGCUACGCUAUUUAUUUAUUUAUUUAUUUAUUAUUAAUGAUAGAUUGUCCGUAGAAUUGCAAGAUUGGUGAGUUUAUCUCCAUCAAAUCUAAUCAGAUAAGAAUCAGAGAUCAUGAACGACUUCUUCGUCACUUGUUUAUAGCAACAACCAAGGCAACACAUCGUUUUAUCGCAGUUAUUUCUGACCAUUCCCUCCAGUCCAUUACCUUUCCAUUCAGGCAUACUUUCUUUCAUUCGUUUGCGUUGCGCAUACGAAUAGAAGACUAUGCAGCUCUACUCUAAACUAAUAUUUGAGAUCAUUAAAGUGCCUUAUCAGUCAUUAGAUUUGUAAGAAAGGUCACAGUGUUCUCAUCAUGAUGUGAGAACACAGUGUGCAGCUAUUUAGGGCUUCACCGUACGCCACGUUCAAACGGUUGAUCAUUGUUUUGGCAGUAGGCUACAUUUAUAUAGGCUUUAGGCCAGGUUGGUUGCUUUCUACUGAAGAAUGCAAAGUGUUUGUUUCUUAUUGUAAAAUAACGCAAACAACUCUGUGUUCCAUCAACAAACAAUGCAUUCUUGUUUGACCGGUACUCUCUGGAUUCUGCUUGCUUUCAUGAUGUUCUGCAGCCACCUCCUGUCUCAAAUCUCCGUCACAAUGCUGAGAAGGGGGGUUAUCACCCAGAGCGUCUGUAAGAAUGUCACCCUCUACCUCAACCAAGCUGGGCUGUCGCCUGCCUCUAGCGCGCAGACCCCUGCGGACCCUCUACCCACCAAGCCCCUGUUAUUGAUGCUCCCAUGGCUGGGCUCUCGACCUCAUGCUGUUGCCAAGUACUGCGAAACAUACUUCUGCCUGGGCUUUGACGUGCUGAUGGUGCAGAGCAAUGUGACAGAUUUCCUCUGGCCACGGUGGGGAUUGGAAAACACUGAGAGGCUAUUGGAUCUGCUGCAUACUGAUCGCUUUGUGUCGCGCCCACUACUGGUGCACGCCUUCUCCAUUGGCUGUUACACUUUCUCUCAGAUGCUGGUGCACGUUUCCCAAAAUCCAGAGAAAUACGAGGCCUUCCCUGGCAGGAUUAAAGGUCAUGUUUACGACAGCGCUGUAGUGGGAUCAGUGGAGAAGAUGGCUAAAGGUUUAGGCAUAACCGUGUUCCCCCGCUGCGAGAAGUUGGUGACCAAAGCAAGCCUUUUAUACUUCAGCGCCUUCAAGCGCCAAACGGUGGAUCACUUCAACAGGGGCAUCGAGGUGUUCAAGAGCACGCCGGUGCGGGCUCCCGUCCUGUUCUUCUUCUGUGAAAACGACCCGCUGAGCGACCACUUGGCCGUGGAAGAAAUACUGGAUUUGUGGCGCAAGCGUGGCAUGGACGUGACGGGCAAGAGCUGGGAGGAUUCCACCCACGCAGGCCACCUCAGGAGGCAUCCUCAGGAAUACCAGCUGGUUCUCGACAACUUCCUGUACUCUCUCAAGCUCAGCGCCCUGCAGUCCAGGAUGUAGCUCCGUGUGGACGUUUUGGAGCUCCGACAGCAACAGGGUUGUCUGUAUUUUUUUGCCCCAAUAAAUAUCAACUAUCUUUCAUGGCAUGUUCUUGAAAGAAGAAUAUGCAUUUGCAAAAGUCUGUUAAGAGGUUACUUAAAUAAAUGUAGUGGUGACUAACAGCCACGAAGUGUGAUCAUGUCCAUUUUCUAGAGGGGUUUCCUGUGUCUACUUUUUUAGAGGAACAUCCCUUUUGUAUGCAAAAGCUUGCUGUGGCUCUCCGGUCUGGCAAAUAGGAUUCUUUUUGGUUGGGCAUUCAUGUGAUGGCCUUAGCCAAAAGUAUUUUUAAUAGGAACUGUUGUAAAUGUACUGUUUCUUAAUGCUACUUGUUUACUUUCUUUGUUUUCAAGGCCUAUGUGUUUUGUUUUUGAAUUUUUUUAGUUUAUAACCCUUGAAAACUAAACAAGCGGUUCCAGCCCUUUUCAUAAAUGGGUUAUUAAUAUAUUUGGUACUAUGUCAAGAAUUUAGCAGAAUGUAAGGCCAUGCUAGGUCCUCCCCUGGCCUGCUAUAGGGAGCCACUGCACUGAACUAUCGGCUAUUGACAUUGUCUCUAAUGUUAUAUGAUCAUUUAAUUGCUUGUCAUUUGCAUACAACCAUAAUCAGCAGCACCCAUCAGGGAACGUUUGAUAUAAAAAAAUACUUGAAUUUAAUAAAAUAUAAUAUAUAUUUAAGAAUAUUGUGAUUGACACGAUUGCUUUUAAGAUGUCCCAUUUGACGGACAGAAAAUACUUGUUGUGCUACCAGACAUUGGUAUUGAAGUAUGUAUUCCAUUUUAACCGUCUUCAUCAUGAUUGACCUGACAUGACUGAGUCAUCCGUUCAAUUACAUUAUUACUUUAAAAAUGCAUUUUUAUGAAACUAAUUCUUGAGCUUGCAAAAUGAGUGAGGUACCAAAGGAUAAAGGAUUAUCUCUGAAUGGUAACUUUGUAGAGAGAGAGAGAGAGAGAGAGAGAGAGAGAGAGAGAGAGAGAGAGAGAGAGA